CAAGAGUGUUUUUUUCACCAAUGCAGGCAAGGAAACAGUUUCAGCCUUUACAGCUUUCACUGAGCAGGAUGAGCUGGGUGCAAAAUGACGUCUCUGUCUCCCCUGGCACGCACGCUUCGCUGGCAACUCAUUUAUACUGUUUAAUUGCAUAGCUUCAAAGCCUUCCUCCUCCAUAGCGGCUCGAUUUAAAGUCCGAACAAAGCAGGUAGGGAGGGACCGUUACAUUACACCUGCUGACUGCGAGGACCCUGGUUGGGGAUGUCCAGGUGUGAAACCUGUUUUUGCAACCUUGCUCGGUCCGGAGGUUACACUGUAAUCAAGUAGGAUGGAUGUGGAUUGACUGGAGCUGGAUCUUGAUUGACUGAAGGGAAUACCUUAGGGCACUGAUGACAGGACACCGGCUUUGGAUGAUCCUUUUAACAGUGGGGCAGGCUCCACAUUUACAAUAUUUCACGUGGUGACGGUCAAUGGAGGCAUUUGCAAAAUCUCGGACAGCCUCUUCUGAGAAAUUGCCCUUAAUUAAGCGGGAAUGUGUCAUCAAGGUUGCAGUCAUUUAUGAAUGGUUUAGCAUAGCAAAGCAUUGGGUGUUUUUGCAACUAGCGCAGGAGAUGAAAUCAAUUGGGGUUGCUCCAUUUCGGUGGUCUCAGGCUCUUGCAUUCGUGUGCAAGAUGCGCUGUUAUUUUAAGUUGGUCAUUUAAAUUUCAUGUGUGGGUCUGAGGUUUUGCAGUCAUCAGGGGUAGCUGCCUGAGCCUGCCCAGCAGGGCUAAGGGGGAAGAGGUGAGCCUUCCUGGCUGCCCUGGGCUGAGUGAUCUCUGAGCCAGGCUCCCCCUCUCCUCCCUCUGCCCAGGGCAGGGCCAUGGGACUGUUCCAGGCCUGGAGAAACUGGGCCACUUCUUCCUGGCAGCAGGCCCCCAGGUCCCAGGAGCUGGACCCCAGUAGCGGGAAGGGUCCCUUCCCCUCCUGGUGCUGCUGCUGCCUGGGGCAGGGCAAGCCUCUGUGCCCCAUGGGGGAGACUGGAUGGACCCGGCCUCAGGAAGGGCAGGACCCGGCUGGGCUGAGGGUAGGGUGACAUGUGCCCGCCUCUCCUCCUUGCUCUCCGUCCCCUUCUACCCCCCACCACUGCAGGAGCAGAGCUGGGGCGAGGGUGGAUGCAGGCUGUCCACUGCGGGCUCUGGGCGCUCUGCCCUGCUGCCUUUGCCCCAGGAGCCCUGCGUCAGGAGGCACAACUCGCCACCCCCACUGCUGCCAGGUGGGUAGAAGGUGUGCGAGGCUCUCGAGGGAAAGGCAGCAGAGUGGAGAGCUCUGAGCCAACAGCAGGCAGCCUGCAUCCACCCCACAUACCAGUAUGGGGGGGCGAAUGCCCCUGUGUCUCCCCUGAGGGGUGCGUGCAGCAGCAAGGGAGCUGCCCCCUUCCACUCCCCACACAAGCCAGCUGUGGCUCUGUCCUGCUCCUUGCUCCGGCCCGAACGGAGGGGCAGUGCUGCUGGGUUUGGCCGUACUCACUGCCUGGUACCGGGUGGGGGGGAAAGUAGGGUCUGUGCUCCCCAGCGCGGCCAGGCUGUGCCUCUGCUUUGCUGCUGUUGCUGUCCCUGCCUUGGAGCUGCCUUUCCCUGCAAUUUUCCAUCUCCGGGAGAUGCUGGGGCGGGGGCAGAGGCUGCAGCUCAGGGCUGAGGAGGACAGAGAGUUGGAUAUUGGGAGUGAGAGGCACCGGAAGCUCAGUCCGCAUGGGGGCUGUUGGGUCUUGGAGAGGUGCUGUGGGAUCUGAGGGCAGCUCGGGACCCCCACGUGGCCCCUCGGUGUGGGUGAAGCCAGGGGCUGGCUGGGGGGCUGUGGAUUCGCAGUGGUGGGUCAUGGUCUAGGUUCCCCCAUUGCAUGAUAACACCCUGUUGUCUCCUUCCAGCAGGCAGCCAGGAGCCCAGACACUGCCAGGAGGCCCCACGUGUGCGGGGUGGGGGAGCAAGAGCGCAGGCUCAGGCUGGGGUGAGGCAGAGACGAUGGCUGCUCAGCUGGAGCCGGCACCAGCCUUAGUUAUCUCGUCAAACCUGGUGCAGCCUGUGGUGAAGAUGGAAGAGCAGGACCAAGGAGGCCCUGAGCCUGGGGCACGAGCUGAGGGGGCAGGGAAAGCCCCUCAUGUUGUCCAGGCCGGGACAGAUAGAGCUUCCCUGAGAUGGGCGACACCACAGUGGGUCAAGCAGGAGCCUGUCCAGCGCUGGCAGGUCACAGUGCACAGACAGCUCGAGGGUGUGGCUUUGGACACGGAGGGACCUGGGGCACUGAGGGAAUCCUGGCUGGAGCGGCCACAGCCCCAUCGUGGGCGCAUUCCCUUGGAGGAGGAAGGAUGGGGUGAAAUCCCAGGGCCCCAGGAGGAGCUGCCUCGCGUCCCCAAAGAGGAACCCCUGCCCCACCAGGAGCAAGCCAUGGAAGCCGGGAACAGCCAGGCAUCCGUGCCACUCGGGGAAGGCGCAGACUCUUCUUGCUCCUCAGCCAACACCCGGGGACCCAACUGGUACAAAGCAGAGCUGAGGGACCUCUUAGACAUAUGGGGACAAGAAAGAAUCCAGCGCCUGCUGGAGCAGGGCCACCGCAACAAAAACACCUUCAUGUACAUCGCCGAGCAGAUGCGGCGGCGUGGCCACAACAGGGACUUUAAGCAAUGCCGCUGCAAGAUCAAGGCGCUGAAGUAUGAGUUUUUCCGGGCCAGAGAUGCCAACAACAGGGCCGGAGCGAAAAAGCGAACAUGUGCAUUUUAUGACGAGCUGUCACGAAUCCUGUCGAAGGAGAAGGUGUACCAGGCAACCAAAACGUUUGGCACUAUGGGGGAGCAGGAGGCAUUGGAGGCAUUAGACCACUGGGAGGAUGAGAACAGCAUGGGGAGUGGGAAGCCAGAAAAAUUACUUGAUGACAGCCUCAUGGCCGGGGACCGUGGACAAGGAGCCUACAUUGAGGAGAUGGUGACGAAUGAGAGCACCCCCUCACCACUGGUCCCGGCAGACUCUUUGCAAGCCAUCCAGACUGAACUGGGGGUCCGCACAGAGGACAUAUUGCUCAUUCCAGCCCUGAUCCCGCAGCAGCAUGCCUCUCUGCAUGCAGAUGAGGAAGAGGGCUCAGAGGACACAGAAGACAGUAGUGACAUGGAGGAAUACAGCCACAUGACCACCAUACCACGGGCGCCCACCACCACACAAACCCCAACCCGUGCCCCUGACAACCCAGGCCCCGGGAGUGGCAACGCAUCUGCGCGCGGGAGGACAUCUGAGCGUGGGUCUCAUGCUGCACCACGGCCACCUGCCCGAUCAGGAGCCGAGCGGAUGAGAGAUCAUCGUAGAAGGCUGCGGCAGUCUAAAGAAGAGAUGCUGCAGUCUCUCGUGGUCACCGCGAAAUCCAGGGCCCGGGCAGAGGAUGCCUGGCGCGAGGAAGUCAGGGAGCAGCACAGACGGGAGUUAGAAAUGUGGCAAAGGCAGGAGGCUACCGUGGAAACACUGGUGGCCGCCUUUGGCAGGGCAACCGAGGUGGCCAACAGAUGCUUGGAGCUGGUUGCCAAGUCUGCUGCGGCUCUGGAAGCAGUCGAGGAAAGCUUGAGGCUCAGUUCCCUCGCUCCUGAUCCUCAAACAACCGCGCACACGAGCCGGCAGCCGUCGCUCCGGAUUCGCAAGCUCCCUUCGCGGUUCCGGGGCAAUCCCAAAGUGGGAAAGGGGGUCCAAGGGCGGGGGAAGGACAGCACCCUUCACCACCGCAAGUAGCACAGUGCUGGGGGAGGGUAACCCCAAGCUCAGCACCCACCUAGGAUUUUUUGUUUUUCAUUGUUUGGGACGUGGGGACUUGAACUGUAGCAGCCGCCGCUGACACCUUUUCCCUCGUUACACAAAAAACACUAAUAAAGUUAGAAAAAUUUUCAAUUG